GAAGGCUUAAAUCCUGUCGUUUGUAUUUUAAGGACCACUUGGGUGAGUGGUCAUCCCGGUAUGCUUUGUUAGAUCUACUGCUUUGGAAAGUGAGGUGUAACCUGAGAGUAAUGUUCAAAACCAUUCACUGACGGAAAAAAAGGGUUCAUGAUGGUUCGAAGUGGGAAAAAUGGUGAUCUUCAUCUUAAGCAGAUUGCAUAUUAUAAACGAACAGGUGAAUAUCAUUCAACUACACUGCCAAGCGAGAGAAGUGGCAUAAGAAGAGCAGCAAAAAAAUUUGUAUUCAAAGAGAAAAAGCUAUUUUAUGUUGGAAAAGAAAGAAAACAAAAUCGUUUGGUAAUUGUUUCUGAUGAAGAAAAAAAGAAAGCCCUAAGAGAAUGCCACGAGAAUGACACAGGAGUCCAUCAUGGCAUAUCCAGAACCCUUACUCUAGUGGAAUCCAGUUACUACUGGACUUCUGUGACCAAUGAUGUCAAACAGUGGGUAUAUGCUUGUCAGCAUUGCCAAGUGGCAAAAAAUGCAGUUAUUCUAGCACCUAAACAGCACAUUCUCAAGGUGGAAAAUCCAUGGAAUGUAAUUACAGUUGAUCUGAUGGGACCUUUUCAUAAAAGCCACCGAAGUCAUGAAUAUGCUAUAAUCAUGACAGAUUUAUUCACAAAGUGGGUUGUGCUUUUACCCCUCCAUGAUACUUCAGCAUCAGAAAUUUCGAAAGCCAUUCUCAAUGUAAUUUUCUUGUAUGGACUUCCUCAGAAAAUAAUAAUGGAUCAAUGUGAUGAAUUCAUUCAACAGAUCAAUAUUGAGCUGUAUGGAUUGUUUGGUACAAAACAGAUUAUAAUUUCUCAUGGCUCUGGAACUAUUAACCCAUCUGAAAGUACACCAAGCACAAUCAAAACCUUUCUCUCCAGACACUGUACUGAGCACCCGAACAGCUGGGAUGAACACCUGCCAACUGUUUCAUUUGCUUUCAAUAUCACUCACUUGGAACCUACUAAAAAUACACCAUAUUUUCAAAUGUUUAAUCGAAAUCCUAAUAUGCCAGAAACUUCAAAUGGUCUUCAUGAAAUGGAUGAUGAUAAUGCAAGUACAUUUUCCAGAAUUCUAGAUGCAAUUAAAGAAGUGGAAGCUAAUAAAAUAAUGGAGAAUAAGACUGCAUCUGUGGGCCAGAUAAAGGACAACAAUUUGGAUGAACUGAAUAAAAACAAGAUUAUUGUUAAAAAGAAACCAAAGCAGUUAAAUCCAUUUCAUUUAAAAGUGGGUCAUGAAGUUUUAAGACAAAGGAAAAACUGGUGGAAGGAUGGUCGUUUUCAGUCUGAAUGGGUUGGUCCUUGUGUCAUAGACUAUAUUACAGAAAAUGGGUGUGCUGUCCUGAGAGACAAUACUGGGACUAGACUCAAAAGGCCUAUCAAAAUGUCCCAUCUUAAGCCUUAUGUAAGAGAGUCCAAUGAACAAGAUAGUCUUUAUCUCUUGCAAGGUUCAGUAGUGGCAGAUCAUGACUACAUUGGAUUGCCUGAAAUUCCAGUUGGAGCGUAUCAAGCAAAUAUACUUGUAGAAGAUACAACUAUUGGUGUAGUUGAGAAUGAACUGCUGACAUCAAGCAAGGAUCGUGAACUAUUAGAAUAUACAAAUUCCAAAAUCUCACCAUUGAUAGAAGAUCAUGGUACUCUUGACAAACAGACUUUCAGUCUGUUGGACUCUUCAAACCAAGUUCUUGAGUACUUAAGUUAGUAAAUACCAAAAUUAAUUUAAAGUGUUGGCUUAGAUUGUAUAAGUCCAUAUGAUCUUCAUAUUUUCUCUACUAAAAUAUGUUAUAUAGAUGUGUCUUAAUAUACUCCUAGUGACUAAAUCAUAUAAGUUUAUAAAUAAUUCAUCUAAAAUUGUAAUGCAUUGGAAUAUCAGAGUAUAUGUAUACAUAUUUAUAAAUAUGCGUAUGUAUAUUUGAA